AAGUAAGCUACGUUUUCCUGCGGCCAGGGAACAGGAGUACGCAGCCCGAGCCCGACGGGCGGCACUGCGAGAAAUAUGAGGAUUCGCUCGGGAUGCGCGGCUGUACUAGCGCUGCUAUUGCAGAUCGCUCUUGUGGCGAGCAAGGCUGUGGAUCAAACGCAAUUGCAGAAGCAACCACAGCGGCAAACUCCAUACGGUACAGAAGCGCAAAAACGAUGGGGAGGAGACGGUGGUGACUAUGGCGGCGGCGGUUAUGGCGGUGGUGAUGUCGGUGGUGAUGUCGGUGGGCACUUCGGUGGCGGCGGCGAUUAUGGCGGUGGUGACGUCGGUGGGCAUUACGGUGGCGGCGGUGACAUCGGUGGUCAUUUCGGAGGUGGCGAUGUCGGCGGUCACUUUGGAGGUGGUGAUAUCGGCGGUCAUUUUGGAGGUGGUGAUGUCGGCGGUCAUUUUGGUGGUGGCGACAUCGGCGGUCACACUGGAGGUGGUGACAUUGGAGGUCACAUAGGCGGCGGUGAUAUCGGUGGUCACUUAGGUGGAGGUGAUAUCGGUCAUUCAGGAGGAGGAGGUGAUUAUGGAGGUGGCGGUGGUGACAUCGGCGGAGGAAUCGACGCACAUCACGGCGGUCAUGAUGACCAUCAUCACGACAAGGGUUACUGGAAGAAGAAGCUAAUUUGGAAGCCGGGCUGGAAGAAAAUUUGGAAACCCGCGCAGAAGCAGAUCUGGAAACCCGCGUGGAAGAAAAUCUGGAAGCCUAUUUGGGUGCCGACUCAGAAGGCGGUCUGGAAGGAGAUUCAAGUACCUGCUUGGAAGAAGAUCUGGAAGCCCGUGUGGAAAGAAAUUCAAGUGCCCGUAUGGAAGGAAAUACAGGUGCCAGCCUGGAAGAAAAUCUGGAAGCCGAUUUGGCAGCCGAUCAAAGUGCCCGCUUGGAAGGAAAUCCAAGUACCCGCGUGGAAGAAGAUCUGGAAGCCGGUUUGGAAGGAGAUUCAAGUACCAAUAUGGAAGGAAAUUCAAGUACCCGCCUGGAAGAAGCUCUGGGUUCCCGAGUGGGUGAAGAUUGGUAUACCGGGCGAACACUAUCACGGCACAGAUCAUCAUGGAUGGCAAUAUACCAGUCACGAUCUAUGGAAGAAGAAGUUGAUCUGGAAGCCAGUGUGGAAGAAAUAUUGGAAGUCGGCGAAGAAGCAGGUCUGGAUUCCAGACAAGAAGCUGGAGUGGAAAGAGGCCUGGAAACAGGUAUGGAAACCAGCGAAGAAGCAAAUCUGGGUGGAGGAUAAGAAGCUAGCCUGGAAGGAAGCCUGGAAGCAGAUAUGGAAGCCGUCCAAGAAGUUAGUCUGGGUGCCUGACAAGAAACUCGAAUGGAAAGAGGCUUGGAAGCAAAUCUGGAAGACCGACAAGAAGCUGGAAUGGAUUCCUGACAAGAAGCUCGCUUGGAAGGAAGCGUGGAAGCAGAUCUGGGUGCCAGCUUGGAAGGAGAUCUGGGUACCGGCGUGGAAGAAGAUCUGGAAACCAGUCUGGAUAUCCGAAUGGUUCCCCAGCGAGGACCACCAUCACCAUCAUGGUUGGGAUCGCAAGGACUCGCAGGCUCAGAACACGCAAAUCGUGCCCUACAGCCCCGACAAAGAUGCCCAGCAGAAGAGGCAAACGCAGCAAUCGCAGAAUCAACAGCAGCCGCAGCCACGGCAGGGACAACAGAUACAGCAACGUCAGGUGGAAAGUAACAAAGUCGGAUGGGAUCGGUCUUUUAAGGCGAGUUCACCGACGAUCACGCAGGACUUGGUACCACCGCCGGCUAAUCAAAACGGAAAUCCAGUAGCCAACUUUGCGUUUCCUAGCCGCUGAUAGAGCUAAAUAUCCGUGCAGGAAAUAACCGUACUGUAAUCCCCUCCCCAAAAAAAAGAAUGCUUGUACAAACAUCUCCGCGCGAGAGUGCUGUAACAUAAGCCGCUGUAUAUAUUACGUCUUAGGAUUAAGAUAAGAUCGCGUAAAACUUAAGUUACCCGAAAUUGUUCGACUGACUCCCUGUCCGGGGUACCACCCUUACCUUGACAUGUCAUAACCUUUAUUUUUCCCUUUUUGUUUUUUUUUUUUAUAUAUACAUUGUUGUCUCCCCCUAUUGUUAACUAAUACUGUUACAAAUAAAGUUUAUAAGUAUUUUGUUAA